AGCUAGGCAGACAUGCUGAAGCUGAAAACGCUUCGUAUUGUUUUGUAAUUGUGAUUGUUAAAGUCAGUGUUUAUCUAUGGAGUCUGCAAAACGAGAGGAACCUGUUCUUCGGAACGUAGAGAAAGAUGUGCUGAUUCCCAAAUUAAUGAGGGAGAAGGCAAAGAAAUGCUGCUCAGAAAAAGUACACGCUUUUAACAAAUGCUGCAAAGACAGUGGCUUUCUCAUGGUCCUCAAAUGUCGAAAGCAAAAUACUGCUCUAAUGGAGUGCUUAACUGUUUACUAUAAGGAUCCAGCUUUUUAUGAAGAAUGCAAACAGGAGUAUUUGAAAGAAAAACAAGAGUUUAUAAGAACUGGUAUUCCUACGAAGAACCGAAACUAAAGAAACUAAAGUGGAGGAUUGUGGUUUGGAAGUUGAUACCCAUCAGUAUGAGAGAGGCACAAUCACAGAAAUUGUGGAUGUAUUUUAUGUAGAAUAUUUGGGAAGUGCUGUCUGUAGAAUCAUGUGGUGGCUGCUUAAACUUUUAUUUUACUCUUUGACAGUUAAAUCAAUUAUA